CCCUCUCCCUGAAAGCUUGUCGGAUGCUUGUCAGUUCACAUUUAGCUUACCAUUAUCAAGGCUCAAAGCCUUUAGAGGAUGAUGAACUGCGAUUUACAGGGAAUUUUUGGAUAACGGUCCUGUUGAAUUGGGAUCUUAACUAUGCGGAGAUAAGGAAUAUGUGAAUGAAGCAUUUGAAAACCAGCAGAGGAUGUUCGUGUUUCCUAAAGAAUGUGCAUGACUGAUCUUCCACAUGAGGACACUUAAUAAAUAAUAACAUAUGGUGACCAGAAUGAAGCAAACCCUCAGCUGGUAAGAUGAUUCAUAAUAGAAAUAACUCCAGACAUAUUCCAGACAAAAGCAACACUGUCAAGACAGAAUUACCAACAAUGGCAUGUUUGACGAAGAGAACUUUUACCCAGACCGAAUGACUACAGGCGAGACAUACUUAAUAGGUUCUAAUAAUUUGGACAACAGAUAGCAGCAUACUAGAAUAUUCAAGCCUUGGGAUGGAGGUGGAACGGCCGGACAUUGUAGAGGAGGAGUCCUUCUCCAAAGGUCACCAGGAAGGCAAGAAGAGUAGGGGUCACACUUGUGAACUCUGUGGAAGAAGUUUCCCUUUCCUCAGCUCCUUGUCCCAGCACAUGAGAAAGCACACUGGGGAGAAACCAUACAAGUGUCCUCACUGUGAACACCGCUCAGCCCAGAAGGGUAGCUUAAAGGCCCACAUUCGCAGUCACAAACUGGAUGGCCUCAGCCAGAGCACCGGUGGUGAGGAGGAAGACAUGGAUGAAGAAGGGGAAGGGGAAAAGGAAGGAGGGGUGCCAGAAGAUCAAGGUGGUUGCUCCAGUCCGACUGAGAGUACCUCGGCCUGCAACAAGGUUGUGAGCGGUGAGGAUGCGACCAAAACAAGGAAGAAAGGCGGGAAGAAGGAAAGAACCUCUGGUGAGAAUAGCAAACAGUCAGUGCAAUGCACACUGUGCAGGAAGAGACUGUCCAGUCUUGCAGAGCUUGAACAGCAUAUGCAAGAGCUUCACAAGGUCUUUCGAUGUGACCUGUGCCCUUAUGAGACUUUGCAGGAGGACCAACUGCAGGCUCACAUUGAGAAAGUACAUCCUAUCGAGGAGGAAUCUGCCACCAAAGCCUCUAUCAGUGAGGAUGCUGACUGUGUACUUGGUAAAGGCGAGUUCCCAUGUGAACAAUGUGACCAGGUGUUCACCCAGGCCUGGUUUCUGAAAGCUCACAUGAAAAAGCAUCAAAACAGUCUGCAUCAUGGGUGCCGGAUCUGUGGACGCCGCUUUCGUGAGCCCUGGUUUCUUCGUAGCCACAUGAAGACCCACAACAUCAAGGUAAAACCAAAGAGUGACUCUUACCUUCCGGCUACUGUCAAUGAGGUGGCACAGGAUGAGUCGAACUUGGUGAACGAAGUGUGUCUCUAUGAACUCUGUGCCAAGUGUGGUAACUUCUUCCACAACAGCAAGGGCCUGCUGUUGCACGAGCAGGUCCACAGAAAUGUUGAGCGGCCUCCUAACAAUACCUUCUGCAGUGAUAAAGACUUCACAUCUGUCACAAAGACAAGCUUCUUGGAAUGCUUAAACUUGAAACCAGCAGGAUAUGAAGAGAACCCCACUGAGGGAACUCUAGGGAAAAGAAUCCCAGAGCUGGAUCCAGUUAGUAGCUACCAGGCUUGGCAACUUGCCACCAGAGGCAAAGUAGUGGAGGUAUCGGAGAAGAACCUGGGUUGGGAAGAGAGGUUAGCCGAUGCAGAUGUAGCAUAUGACAGGGAAAAAGGCGAGUAUGUCUUGCUGAGACAGGACAAGCGGAAGAAGUCACUUGAUGCAAUGGCGAGUAUCCCAACCAAGAAACGGAGAGGGGCUGGGACCCAAGGCUCCAAUACAGAUCAACACAGCAAUGGAGAAAGGAAUGUCCAGGUCUCGAUAGGUGAGCGAAGCCCAGAGAAUCUGAGUGACACUGAGUACCGGCCUACUUCUCGCCCUAGUCGUAAGAAUUCCCAGAAAACCUCAGAGUGCUUGGAGUGCGGAAAGGGCUUCCGCACACAGCAACAGAUGGUGAUCCACAUGCUCAUCAGACAUGGUGGUUUGGGUGAAACCAUUGGUGGAAAUGGACUGUUCCGUAAAGCAGCGUCCAGCCCAUCUAAAGCAGGUGAAUCAGCAGGACUCUUCAGGGACACAGAUAAAAAGCCAUACACCUGUGAGCACUGUGACUUUUGCACCUCGGAGCCCUCGGCCAUCGCUGCCCAUGUCCAAACACAUCAUAUGGCAAUCAGGAACUGGGACCAGAGGAGUGAUGCCUUAACCAGCUCACUCAGCCAAAGCCAAGCCCACCAAACUAACCACAAGGGCUUCCCAAGGCUGAGAAAUGCCCUGCUGCAGCAGCCCUAUUGGCCCUACUCCAGCUCAACUCACCUGGAGAGGGCAGCACUGAGCAAUGCUGCGUCAAAGACUGAGGAGGAAAAGAACAAGGGGUUGGAAGACAGUAGCACCUUGGAUAAAGUGGAUGCUAAUCUGAUUAAUCUCUCCAUGGAGGUGUAUAAUGAAAAAGAAGGUGUUUCUUCCACAUUAUUGAAAAGUUUGGUUCGACACCAGUGUCCUUACUGUUCCUAUGCAACACUCUAUCCUGAAGUUCUCUGGAUACACCAACGAAUUGCACACAAAGUUGACAGCACUACGUUGGUGCCUAAGUGGGCUCCGAGAAAUGGCCUCAAGGGGCCCAAAUCACUUCUCGAUUUCAAGAGGCGCACCGGCGCACCUCCGUUUCUGGAGGGUAAGGACUGCCCCUCUCUGCCACAGAUGAGAACUUCCCGAACGUUUCCACCUGAUUGCAGCCCUGGGGGGAUGAAGAAAUCAAAACCUCUGACAAGUAGUGUAGAGUCCAGCUCCUCGCAAAGCAAGACCUGGCCAGCGGCCACAGCACCGGGGGCAUCAUCUCACUCGUCCAAACACAAGACCAUCAAGUCCAGGACAGAUGAGUUGGCAGGAAGUAAACACAAAGCGGACAUCCAUCAAAACAGUUCCUCGCGGCGUACGGCAAGUCCUCAGAAGACUGGAAACCCAAAGACAGGAAGCAGAGUGAUGGAGAGUAGUCUGCUACCUCAAGAGGGACUUCAUUUUAUGCUCUCUAGCAAACACAAACUCUCAGAUCAGAGGAGCUCCAAAGCCCAUGCUCCUCAGACCCCCGACAGGUCUGAUUCUCAAGCUCAGGAUACACCGUCCAUGGCUGGGUAUGACCCCUGGAGCAGACUUGGCCUGAGAGGCCCGUUCUCUCACGCCCAUUCCAAGAGACAGUCGACGACUGAUGGCCCAGAACCUGUGACAGACAUCCUGAGUUUCUUGAAGAACUGCAGUCCUCACGAUCUAGCUGCCCUUUACCACCACUGGGGCUUAAACAACGUCAUGGCAGAGCAAGCAGGGUUGGCGAGGUCAGGGUCUCAGCAGGGGGAGUAUGUGUGUCCAGUGUGCCGGAAGAGCUUCAACCAGCCCAGCCAUUACCGCACACAUAUGAGAUCACACACAGGUGAGCGACCUUUCCAGUGCCGAUACUGUCCUUACAGCGCCUCGCAGAAAGGUAACCUGAAGACCCAUGUCCAGACCGUGCACCGCCUAGCCUUCGACAACACGCAGUACCCGGACAGGAGACUCCGCCAAGCCCCUACCAAUGAACCUACAGACACUUCCAGGCCUCACUGAGCAUCUCCACAUCCUCAAAACCAGCUCAGCUGAGUGCUGAAAUUCAUAAAAGGCCCAUUAAAAAUGGUUUGAUGCACAAAUACGGCAUUCGAGGAAGACUUAAUGUAAGGCAUUGAAUUCGUUUGUGUUUUUAGUUUAGUUUUUAGACUUUCCAUGUUUCCUUUUUAUUUUGUGCUGACACAAAGCUCUAGAUUAAACUGAAAGGAGGAACACAUGUUUACACCUCCUUUAUUCAGAGACUUAAACACUUGAGGGCUAAAGCCUCGACAACACGAGGUUAGAGCUGAUGGAGUAUGAAAGUGAGCUGCGUUCUCAAACCCAAGGUCUUCAGCUGAUCCCCUAAACUUGAAAUUCUGCCUCGGAGUUCCCCACUUGACUAGCUGUUAAACAAAAUAGCCUUAGUGCGCAAUGAGUGUAGUUUGUGAGUGCGUGUGCGAUUUGUGUUUUCCACAUUCUACUUCUCAGGACUUGAAUUACAUGCAAUUCCAAAGCCUGCAUUCAUUCACACCAGUGUGUAACUGCAUGCAAAGGAGACAUGUAGUGAAAUUCAUUAAUUAGUUUUGCUGGUAAAGACACAUUACAUAUUUUGCGUUAGUGUCAUUUGAUUGGUCCAACAAAGUCAGAAAUAUUAUUUGUGUUUGCGGUUACUUUUUGAUGUAGCCUACACAAGUUUUAAUGUUUUUCUCUUUUUUUCCCCAUCAAACAUGUUUGCCUUAGUGGACUUUAAAUAAUUGUAUCCCAAAAAAGAAAGAAAACAAACUGUUAAUUCAGUGGAGCAUCAGAUUUUAAAGCCACAUUAAAAUGCUCAAGUUUUUGAUGAAGGAUCUGUAUUAAUCUUAACAAGCUGCAAGUUGUCCGUGUAAUCAUUACAAUUAUUGCAUAAUAGAGAGACUAGUGAUUAGUGCAAGACUAGAUUGGGGGAUUUAGUAUGUUUUAUAAUGUUACACAUAGAAUACCAUAUUUUUAGAGGUUGAAAACUUAAAUGCAAAGAAAUUCUUGACCAUAUAUUUCUAUGAAUGUUGUAUAUGGUAAUUAGGUAUUUACGGAGAUAAAAGCGGUGUAUGUUUAAUAGCAUUCAAAAAUGAACAUUUAUCUAGAGCAUUUAUAUUGACUAAAUCCAUGUGUUGGAAAGUAAGCCAAGAAAACUGAUCCUACAUUAUGAAUUUAAUUUUAGAAGAACCUCCGAUGUGAAUUUGUGUUGAUGCUCAGCAGUCAAACUGAAACAUGUUGCAGGUUUGGUGACCCAGGAACUGAGAGUUAUUGUGAACACUGUCCUAUCACCACUGCCCUUGAGUAAGGCACUUAACCCUUGGUCACUCCAUAGGGACUCCAUGCUCCUGCAAUUGAUGUCAUGGAAGUUGCAUUGAAUGAAAUGUGAGUGCUUAAUUGUAAUUUACUAACAGUAAAUCAACUUUUAAAAUUUGUCCUAGGACACGAGAAACAUGAAUAGCUUUUCCUGUUAGCUUUUUAAUAAAUUUAAACCCCUGAGUACUAGAACAGAAGACCUAAGAAAAUUAAUAGCAUGUUUUGAAUUAAUUUGCAAUUGGAGUGUUUUUUCUUUAUGUAACACUAUUAAUUUUGUGCUUUGAAUAGAAGUAGUAGUUGAAUGUAUGGAAUGUAUUUUUGUGUGGUUAAAAGUUUUUUCUUCCCUCCACAUAUAUUUCGUUCAAUGAAGUACAAAAAACCUGUUGACUGUCAUCCUCAGAUUAUCUCCAACUCAUUUAUUGUCCACUGUUUAAGUUUUGAACUGCUUAAAUUAAACUUUACCCUUACCUUUGGUCUAAA